CGUCCGUCCGUCCGUCUGGGGGUGCGCUGGCCGCUGCGCUUCCGGCCCCUCCUCCGUCAUCGCGCCGCGACACAAAGAGGUCCCCGCCGCCGCCAUGGUGCAGCUCGGUAGCCGCCUCCUGAAGGGCUACCGCGGCGGGCACGUCGUGAUCCGCUUCGCCCUCGGAGGCUGCACCAACCGGCCCUUCUACCGCAUCGUGGCAGCGCACAGCAGGCGCGCGCGCGACGGGAAGUACCUGGAGCAGCUCGGCUGCCUCCACCCGCUGGCCAACCAAUGGCAUGACUACUGCCAGCUUCCAUUUGCCUGCUGCACUCAUUGA